CUCAACCAUUCCUUCAGGAAACAUUUGAACCUAAAAGAUCCUUAUCAGCAAAAAGUUUCCACACAUCCUUCAGAUCUUUCAGAUGAAAUUAUAAUUGGAGAAUUUGUAUCCAUGAUACUUGGUAAUUAUAGGGAACAGAAGUUUAGGGAAUAUCCAAUUUCUUCACCAGCACAAGCUUAUCUAAUCCCUAAAAACUACCAGCAUGUCCUUGCUUUUGUUUUUGCCAUCAAAGAAAUCAAUAAGAAUCCCGAUCUGUUACCCAACAACACAUUACGGUCCCAGAUUUAUGACAAUGUGUACAAUUCAUGGAGAACCACUUGGACCACUUUGGAUCUUCUCUUUCUAAGAAAAGGGGAUCCACUCAAUUAUUACUGUAUCACUGAAGAGGAAGUCAUGGCCAACAUUGGGGGACUCACCUCUGAAAAUUCUAUUCACAUGGCCAACAUCUUAAGUACUUACAAGAUUCCUCAGGUUAGUUAUGGCUCCUUUGACCCCAUGUUAAGAGAGAAAAUUGGUUUUUCUUCUUUCUACCGAAUGAUUCCCAAUGAAGCUUUUCAAUAUAUGGGGAUAGUUCAACUUCUGAAAUAUUUUGGAUGGAAUUGGCUUAAUUCAUUUUUGAGACAAGUCCACUUUAACAAUAACGUUGGAGAUGAAAUAUUUCUUGAUGAAGAGAGGGAUUUAGCGAUAGGCUAUGACCUCAUCAAUUUGGUGACAUUUCCCAAUGAAUCUUUCCAGAGAGUCCAAGUUGGAAGAAUCGAUCCCAGUUUUCAACUUGGAAAAGAAUUCAUCAUUAAUGCAAGUGCCGUUAUGUGGAAUCCCACGUUUCAUCAGGGACCCCAACCCCAAGGUGUGCCUAUUCAGAACUGGGCCAUGCAAGUGGUGUGCAGGCAUAUGUAUGAACAUGUGAAGCUCCAUUUGUAUGCAGAUGAAUGUGAGUCUUGCCAAGAAGAACAGUAUCCUAACACAAAUCAACAAGAAUGCAUUCCUAAAGUAAUUACUUACCUGUCCUAUAAAGAUGGCCUGGGAACAGCUCUGACAUCUUUGGCACUUUUUCUUUCUCUGACCACACUUAUUGUGAUGGCAAUCUUCAGGUUACACUCGAACACUCCCAUUGUGAAAGCCAACAAUUGGAGCAUCACAUGUAUCCUGCUCACCUCUCUGCUGCUAUGUUUUCUUUGCUCCCUCUUCUUCAUAGGAAGACCUAGCAAGGAAACCUGCCUUUUAAGGCAGGCUGUGUUUGGUAUCACCUUCUCUGUUGCUGUUUCCUGUGUACUGGCCAAAACGAUCACUGUGGUUCUGGCUUUUGUGGCUACAAAACCAGGGAACAAGAUGAGGAAAUGGAUGGGAAAGAGGCUAGCAAUCUUGGUUAUUGUGCCUUGUUCUUUGAUUCAGAUUGCCAUCUGUGCUGUUUGGUUAGUGAACAAGCCCCCUUUUCCAGAAUUAGAGAAGCAUUCCCAAGUGGGUGAGAUCUUAGUGAAAUGCAACGAAGGCUCAGAGAUGAUGUUUUACAUUGUGUUGGGCUACAUGGGUCUUCUGGCCAUUGUCAGCUUCACAGUGGCUUUCUUUGCCAGGAAAUUGCCUGACAGUUUCAAUGAAGCCAAGUUCAUCACUUUCAGCAUGUUGAUGUUUUGCAGUGUUUGGAUUUCCUUCAUCCCCACCUACUUGAGCACCAAGGGCAAAUUGAUGGUAGCUGUGGAGAUUUUCUCCAUCUUAACCUCUGCUUUUGGUUUAUUGAGUUGUAUUUUCCUUCCCAAAUGCUAUAUUAUUAUAAUACAUCCUGAA